CAUGCGCAUCAGUUAACUUCCAUAUUUGUAGUCCGUCUGUAAAUACCCGCACCCAUCGUGAAGGACGUACCGUUAUGACACGAGACGGAGGCGUCCUUUGACAUUGGAGGCGUCUGUUUCAGCACACGAUCUUCGGUUGCCGGUCCGAGUGAACCAGGAAGAAGCGGCGGGCUACCGGAGGGGGAAAAAAAACCGUUAACGAACCCGCAGGUGGAUGGCGGCUUUUUUUUUUUUUCGCCAUCACUGUCAGAGGUGAUGAGGACGCGUCGCUGAAAAAACGGAGCGGCUGUAACCACAUCUGUACACGUUAGCCGCCGGUGAUGAAGGCAGGUUGUCAGGCGUUACCGUAACCUUUCCUUUGAUGCAUCUCUGUGCCGUGGUGUCGGUCACGGAACCGUUAAACCGCUAAGCUAGCCGGGUGUUAGCUCUCUUCUGCAGCUAACCAAGUAAGACGAUAGCGAUGUUUUUAACACAUUCGGAGCUCUGGAGAACAUACUGGGAGUGUGUUUCCAGACCGUACACCGUGUUCCUGUGCUCCCUCACGGCCGCGCUGUGCUACCUGUGGGGCCGCAAGCGUCAGACACCAGCCCUGGUCUCUGGCCAGGCCUUCGGUGCAUUCCUCUACAAGCACUGCCCCGUGGUGGCCGAGCGCUUCAGUCCCACUCCGUGGUGCUGGGGAGGCCGCCUGCAAACCCUGGUCUGCGCCGUCCUCAAGUCCCGCCCCCCCGUCACCUAUCGCAAUGAGCUGAUCCCUACGGUCGACGGGGGUCAGAUUUCUCUGGACUGGAUGGACAAUCCGGACAGCGCGACCUACCCGGACUCCUCUACGCGGCCCACAGUGCUGAUCCUCCCGGGCCUGACGGGCAACAGCAAGCAGCCCUACGUGCUGCACGCCCUCAACCAGGCUUGCCGCCGCGGCUACAGAUGUGUGGUUUUCAACAACAGAGGGCUCGGAGGCGAAGAGUUGUUGACGCCCGUCACCUACUGUGCAGCCAAUACCUCAGAUCUGGAGCACGUGGUGCAGCACAUCAAAGGACUUUACCCAUCGGCCCCGGUGCUCGGUGCUGGUGUGUCUUUGGGAGGCAUGUUGCUAUUAAACUACCUGGCCCGUAAGCGCACAGACUCGGGGAUGGUGGCAGGCAUCACCAUCUCGGCUCCCUGGAAUGCGCUCAAGUCGGCGGCUUCAAUGGAAGAGCCGCUCAAUUGGCUGCUCUUCAAUCGAUACCUCACCGCCGGCCUGUGUAGUGCUGUCACCAGGCACAGGAAGGUCCUGGAGAAAGUGGUGGAUAUCGAACAUGUCUUGAAGGCGCAGACUAUCCGCGAGUUUGACGAACGCUUCACUUCUCUGCUGUUCGGUUAUAAGUCUUGCUCCGACUAUUACUUUGAUGCCAGCCCGGACAACAAACUGCACAAUACAACAGUUCCCAUCUUGUGCCUGAACGCUGCAGACGACCCCUUCUCUCCCCAACACGCCUUCCCGCUGAGCACGAUCCAGAGCCUGCCUAACGUCGCCCUGCUGUUGACGGCCCACGGUGGACACAUCGCCUUCCUGCAGGGUCUGUUCCCCCGGGGGGAGAGCUACAUGGAGCGCCUGUUUGGCCAGUUUGUCCAAGCCGCCUUCGAACACCCCAAGGACAUCAGGAAAGCCUGCGGCGUUAAGGACGAGCACGCGUCGCCCCGUUUGUAGGAUGAAUGCAAGCUGAGAAGAGGUAAAAAAAAAAAAGCUGUUCACAAAAGUGCAUUGCUCAGCUUUGCAUGUCAUCAGCAUGCGGCAGACAUGUUGGGCCACGGCGUGAGCCCAGAGUGACCAGCUGUAAUGUACAAUCGUGUGGCCUCGCUGCAGCAAUGCUCUCUACCUCCUCGUCUUCUCAGGUUCUCCUUUAAUGCUUUUCAAAAGUGCAUAACUAAGGUAAUGCUUCAUUAAACCCUACAAAAGGAUUAAGAAGAAAAAAAAAGUCAAUAUAAUUGACUAUAAAUCAAUUUUAAUCAUAAUGUUUCUCCCACACGCCGUCCCAACCGGACUUGAUGCACUGUAGUGUGUGUUGAAACCAAAAUGCACUUUUUAUUAAAAACAUUGUCUUUUAAGUGCAAAAACUAUUCUGAAAUGUAAUUUAAAUUGAAAUGAAAGGAAUGUUAAUCCACACGUAUACCGUUUAUUUUGCCUGGUGGGCUACUUUGGUUUUGCCAGAUUAGCUUUCCUUAAAGUGUGUAACAUUUGUAAUAGGAUUAUUCUCCCUGCGUGCAUGCUUUACGCACAAUACUUUGGAAAGGAAGUCCUGCUAACAGUUCAGUUAUUAAAACUCUCUCCACCUGAAAGCACCAACACGGCGGGAAUGCACACAUCUACCAUGGCGAUGAAGACCGGUUCAUCAUCUGAGUUUUGAUUUUUAGAUAAAAAACUGAACUGUAAAUAUGAAAAAGUAUUGUGUGCUUGAAUGUGCUUCUGCAGUGUGUUUGGGUGCUAUGUAAAUGAUGUAGUAUAUCACAGGUGAAUAAGCUGACAUUGUAUAAAGGACUUGAGGUAGUGUUCUUUUAAAAAAAGAAAUAGUGUGAGUUGUAAUCUGCCUAUUGUUUGACACAGACGCACAAUGUCUGCAGAAUAGACAAUAGAAGAAAAAACAGGAUUUAGUUUAUCAAAAGACGUUGGUUUGUUUUGAAUUUAAUCACUGAUUUGAGCUCGGUUGGUGUGCGAGCUGAAUGUCUUUUCAACUGUGUGUGUGUGCGUGUGUGUGUGUGACCAAUGGUGCACUGAUGAAACAAUUGAAAUGACCUUGUUGUUAGUUGUUGGACUCUUAACAAGAAAUGUGAAUAUUGCCACAGCAAAUGUUGCCAAUAGUUGUUGUAUUAGGUUUAUUUACUCUUUCACUUGCAAUUAUCUUUUUCAGUGUUGCUUCUGUAUGAGCUGUAGCCACAAUCAGAGUGUUUGCAAUACCAGUUAAAGAUUGUUACCGUGCACCUGAAAAAACUUUUGGCAUUCUGAACAAUCUUGAUGUUUUUUUUUUUUUUGUAAUUACACUUGA